AUGGACAAUCUUCCUGACGGGGUCUCUGCUCCAGAACUUACUACAUUGUCAUACGAUGAAUCCGUUCCCUAUGAAUCACAAGUUCCUACUCAUUCAUCCAGUGAUCCAGAGCGAGCUACAUUGCUCAACCGCAUAGGGAACACUAAAGUGUACCUUCUCUCUGACACUGCCCAGGCAAGAAUUGCCAAGUUUGCAGAAAGUGACUCUGACACGGGAGUCUGUCCCUGUUUGACCCUGAAGCGCAAGCGCACAGAAGGGGACGAUGAUGAUGACAUAGAUAUGGAAGAAGAAACAACAUCGAGUCUAAGGGCAAAUGCUCUGCUGCUCACCGGCACCCCCAUUUCCCACCUGCCUACCGCUCGCAUCUUUGCAUAUGUUACCCAUUUCGAUACGCACCCCAUAGGCCUUGAAUGGCUCGACGAUAAUAGUUGCAUCCUCGUUUAUGAAUCAACCGCAUCUGCACGUACUGCACAUCGGUACCUCCAAAAAUCUGCCACAGAGGAUGUGGAUGCAGACGGCUUCGUCACAGCAAAACCCAUUCCAAUUACCUUAUGGCCGCCAGAAGAGCGAAUAACCAAGAGUCUGGGUAAAGGUCAAGGACUAAAAGGCAUCAUACGCAUGCGUUGGGCCAAGGAUGAUGACGUAAAGAAGAAGGGCGCAAAAAGGGAAAGCAAAUUCUAUAAGAAGUAUGGAGAAAACGCCGGGAAAGAGGAUGAGGGAGGGGAAGCAUUGCAGAAGAGAAGAAGGAGAGAUGAUUCAACUGUGCGAAGCCAGUUGGAUGAUGACCUUGAUGAGUUUCUUGGAGCCGAUAAACCCUCCAAAAUGCGUUCCGACUACGUGGAUGGGUCACGCAACACCGUAGAGCGCAUGUCUUCUGCGCCCAAUUCUUCAGACCUAAAAAAUCGCAUCUCUGCGCGGUUGCCACGCCACGCGAGGGGCCAGCUUGCGUACCAGUCAGUUGAUUCGCCAAUUGACUCUGAAGAAGACUGGCACAGAGCCAGGGGUCGAGGGAGAAGAAUUCCACGCCCACAAAAAACGCAGCAAGACCUUGAUGAUGAGCUAGACGCUUUCCUGAACGAGAAGGAAUAA